GUGGUCCGCCGGUUCGUCGGUGCGGGAACUCUACCUCUCUUCUUCUGAACGCGAACGCGAUCAGUGCGUGGUUUUCUGUUUGCCGUGUGGUGCUCGGUGGCACAUCUGUACCUCGCUGACCAUCGGCUCUGCGAUUUCCGAGGCGAGUUUAUUCGGUCGACGUCGUAGGGUCACCAUGCUGUCAUCCGCUGACGCCAUCUUGGCCUUCGUCGGCGCCAUUUUGUGCGCCCUGGCCGCAAGCGUCUCGUCGUAUCCCUCGAGCCCCGUCUACGGCCGUCUGCAGAGGAACGCAGCCUCUUAUUCGGAAGGCCAAUACGCCCACUCGGAUCCCAACUACUACGCGCUGCUCCGAGGCGACAUGAACCUUGGCGCCCCAGCGUCCUCCCCAGACUGGGGUCAAUUCCUACCGUCUCCAUGGACCGGUGGAGUGGACGCCUACGGAGGAGCAGGUUCAUCCGUGGUCGUGCCCCCAGUCGCUCCGCAGUACGACGACUACGCCGACGAGUACGACUCCAGCGCGACGGGCAUCCAGUUCCCGCCUGGCGCGUCUCCCAACUUCGGCUACGACUGGUACGAGGCCCAGGCGCAAUCCGAACAGCAGCAGCGGCAGCAGGCCCAGCUGGAACAGCAACAAGAACUGCAGGAAGCGGCCGUGUUCAAGGAUCUCCUCGCCAACUACUUGAGCAAGAAGUCGGAAGCCGGCGUCUUCGUCACGAGAGACUCCGAGAAGAGGUCCGAGACGGCAAAGAAGUACACGGUAGCGUCCGCUGGCGGGCGGGCGACGAGCACCACCACUAGGCCUAACGUGGCGGUACUGACGGCGCCCCGCGACAAAGGAGCCACUGCGUCUGAGCACGCGCCCUCGUCGUCGGUGACGUCACCUCCGGUUCCGCAGCCGACGGACUCUACCUCGUCGACAUCGUCAGCGGGUGCACGUCCGUCUCCGGUCAGUCAGGAAGGCGGGCAGAAGGAGUACGCCAUGUUCCGACCUGUGGGCACAGCCGAGAGCAGAAGGCCAACGUUCUGGCGCGGAGGAGCCAAAUCUGGAGCAGCUGCCACGCACGGAAAGGCGACGAGGUCGAGGUUUGGUCGCUUCGCUGACGACAGCCUGACCGAGGAACUGGACCAACUGAAAUCGCAGUAGUCGCAACGCAAAAGCCAUCAUCUCCUGAGUGCCCGCAAGCGACACCACGCGGCCUUUAAGAAAAGUAUGGCAGGCCACUGAUUUUUUUCCCGUCGUCACAGGCAGACCUUCGCCAGAGAUGACCAGCCGCUACGUCAGUAUGGUCUACGUCACCAUCAAGCCAUAUAUGCUGUAUGUAAUAUCGCGUGCCAAGUGAUUUGCGGUUGGCGGUGAUGCUCCUUCCUCGUGGCGUAUCACUCCGAAAGACCUUGUCUUGGGCAGCAAAAUAGCCGGUUCAUGUGUGCUCCCCCACCGUUUCGAGGUAUACGUGUGACAUGCGCCUGGUGUCUUGUGUGAGGUGCAAAUCCUAUAAGCUUCGUUUCAUGGAGUCUAAAUUUCAGUGGUGAACUGUUUGCACAGUGAUGGCGAAGACUUCUAUGUAUAAUGAGAUCUAUUGUAAUCAGUGCUUUAGGCUAAGCUUUCCUCCUGCUCGGGCACUUGUUUAAUGAUACAGAUUUUCUAUUGUAUAAUGGCAGGGAUGAGCUGUGAAUACGUGUGGCAAUGCUGUGCGAUUUUUACAUUGAUGAAAAGAAGUCUUACUGUAAGCUGCAUUCACAUACAAAAAAAAUGGACGUAGUUUCAACGUUAGUAAAAUAUGUAAAGGCGAACUGUGAAGUAACCUCACUAGGGAUGAGCAGGACUUACCAUCUAUGGGAACAUAGUCGUUCACCAAUCGGAGUUGCCUUUAAGUUAAACGAGUUAUACAGUGAUUGGGCUUUUCUAGAACUCUUAUUUACGAUGUGCAGUCCCCAGAACUUGACAAAACUGAAAAGUUUGACUGCUUAAGGUUUAGAACUAAGCCUCAGGGAACGGGAAGCAUGAACAAAUAGUGUGCUCAGUUUAGAACGUGUUUUGGUGCGUUUUUCCUUUGAAUGUCGGGAACGAUGAAUGCGUCUUAGGACACGAUGAAAACGGGGAGGACGUUUGCUUCCACAAGUGUGCUGAAAGAAACUUGACCAUCAGCAUACAAUGAAACGCGGGCGCAAAAUUUACGUAUCAGGAAGUCCCUUGAGCAAGAUAACAUAGAACUACAACUUGUGUUCACUCCGUAGCUGAUUCGUAAGCACAGAAUAUUCUAAAAUGUAUCCUUCGGAGUCUAAAUUAGGCCACUGUUACAAAUGAAUGCCGACCCAUAAAUGCAAAAACGCAUUCGAGUCGUUCUCGGCAGUUAGCGUUUGAAUUUAUUGCGACAACACAGCGUAUGGCAGUUGUUCCACUGAAACUGCAUAGGAAUGUGAAUGGUGCUUUCUUAGGCCUAUUAUUAGCACGUAUCUCUGUUUCCUACUGCAGAUUAGCGUGCUCGUCGGAUACGUGAACCGACAAAAACGACGUAGGUUUCAAGCAGACUUGAAACAGCUGUCCGCAGCAUAUCUAAGCGUCACCCAUUUGAAAGUUCUUAAUUAGUCAAACGAAGUCAUUCAAAUUUUGCAAACGGGUAUUAUGGAGAUGUCAAGGGCUCAAUUUAUUUUCUACAACGUUCUGUUGUGCCAAACCUCUCCGAGACAGGAACGAUCGGCGCACCUGAGUUCCUAUCAACGCUCCUUUCCACUGUAACAAAGGGUGCACUUCUCCGCCAUGUGUUUUGUACGUCUCGUACAAAAUGGUACGGGAGGAACUUCAGAGCGAAAGGCGAGUACGUCUCUGAGCGUACUUUAAUCGAGGUGCAAGAACUCGAUUAGUAGCGGUGCGCCGAUGCAAUAUACGUGUCACACCCACACCAACUAACCUCUGUGUAUGCGCAAGUAGCAUUUGCGCUGUCACUAUGCGAUUGUGCAGCCACUAAGAAGGCGGGCACGAUCCGGUCCCCUAUUUGAUCUCGGCGACUCCCAUCAGCCGUCACUGUCCCCGUAUCGAUUUUCGAGAGAGCAUAGAGAUUUAGUCUAACACUCUCAUAGAAGUGCUGAAUUGUGUUGGACGAAAUGUCAGCUUUGAACCCUCCGCGAUGCCCUUAUCGAAAAAUAGAAUGCUUAUUUUUCUAGAUCAGUAAAAAAAUAAAAAACACACACCAAAAGUUAGUGAUAGGACGCUCAAAUACUUUAGAGCAGGCGACAAAGUCUUCACCCUUUACAGCGCUCUUGCUUAGAGGGAGUUUGCGUUUAGCGGCGUAGUCAUGUUUUCGUAGUUGGCCUCUGUUGAUGUUCGUAGGUGAACGUUGGUGUAAUCCCGGUUAUGAAAGAUGGUGCGUGCACUCCGAAGAUAUAAUAUCUAUACUAUAGGCCAAUUCGAGUGUGACACUGUCGCAUCCUCACAGAUGCUCUCUCUGUCUGCUUGAUCUCGUGGCUAGCUCCCUUGAAGAACACAAAGUGAUCUUUUCACGCAGCCUGUUUGAAUUUGUUCUGGCUUGCGUUAGUCACUUUCAUAACACUAGUAAAGUGAAUUAUUAAACAAGAACGUUAGAAAAGACAAAGGUUGUGCCGUUGAAUUUUACCGAGAGCUUAACUGUUAGAUUAGCGUUCUGCAGUUGCCGAUAAAUAUGUCGCGAGUAGUCGUUGCUUGUCUGUUGACGUCAAUAUUUAAAUUAAUGGGCUGUAUAGUAUGAUGCUGCAUUUAACCUGUGCGAUUGCAGUGCAUUCAAUAAAGCAUGGUUAAAGUCUUCCUGAAGAAAGGUUACGCUAUAGUUGACUAUACAGAUGAAAGAAUCUAGGUGCAUAUAAUCAAGACAAACGGAACCGCAAAUUUUAAUUUCUGAAUUCCUUACCGUAAACGUCCUGAGUCAGUGUCCCGCAGUUAAGAUGUAGGCUAGACGACCCAAUUUAGUUCUCAAAGUGUUCCAAGAUAGUGGGCAGAACAGUUCGAAUCAGCAUAUAGUAGAACUAAAGUCCUAGCAAUUGAGUGACCUGUGCGCAGACGCAGAAAAGCAAGAAUUAUCUAGUAGUUACGGAUCAAGAACAAGAGGAGCUAACAAGAACCACAGUAACUAACCAAGACAAUUAAGGCUAUCGGUGCAUUUAGUUCCUUCGCGUUACUGGUUGCAGCUCAUGGAUACUGCUUGUUGCGAAGAGCCUGCGGUGAUAAACAUGGCAGGCCUGGUAAAAUUGUCUCUAAACAACCCUGUUCCACCAUCAGUGUCAUCCCGCAUGUUGGUGAUCCCCGUUGUAAUCUCCACCGCCUUCACCCUAGAGACCAACGUGAGACUCAAUAGCAGCAUCAUCAAGGCUAGUGCCUACGCCAAAUUGUGGCCGAGUCAGUUACCCGCAGGUGAUACUGUAAAUAGGCAUGCUGUGUGUCGUGCAUUUAUCCUUCGCGGGUAGACGGCUGAGAUUGUUAUCCUGUCGAAGUAGCAGAUGUAAAUUCCCGGGUAUAUUAGCAAAUCUAUGCGCUCAUUUGCUGCGGCUGUUUGCGGACAUGAAGGGUUACAGCCGUCACACUGACGCUGCUGGAUAUGAUAACAGGUGCUUAAAUGAAAGCUCGUUGCCGAUACGGAGAGCAAUCAGGGACGCGGCGAAAACGUACAAACAAGGUAACUGGACUUGGCGCGAGUACGUUUUCGCCUGGCUAGAAACGAAUAACAUUGGAAGGAUGAAUUAUCUCAAAACAAGAAUGAAAUAUGUAAGUCACGCAAGGACCUAGGCCCGCUGUCACAAAUUAGUUUGUACGCUAGAGCUGUUAGUAAGAAACCGUGUUAGUAAGAAACCGUGCUGGCCAAUACAGGUCUACGCCCCUACAUCCAGUCAUGAUGACCAGGAAGUCGAAAGCUUCUACGAAGACGUGGAAUCGGCGAUGGGUAGAGUGAAAACAAAAUACACUAUACUGAUGGGCGAUUUCAAUGCCAAGGUAGGCAAGAAGCAUGCUGGAGACAAGGCAGUGGGGGAAUAUGGCAUAGGCACUAGGAAUAGCAGGGGGGAGGUAUUAGUAGAGUUUGCAGAACAGAAUAAUAUGAGGAUAAUGAAUACCUUCUUCCGCAAGCGGAAUAACCGAAAGUGGACAUGGAGGAGCCCGAACGGCGAGACUAGAAAUGAAAUAGAUUUCAUACUCUGCGCUAACCCUGGCAUCAUACAAGAUGUGGACGUGCUCGGU